AAAGGUGAUUCACGUAUGCGCAGAAGCUGAAUGUUGUUCUGCGCAGGAUUGAAAGAGGAAUUAAUUAAGCUACUGAAGAUGUUCUACGUCACCUGCGAGUGUUUACAUGCUGUAGAAACCACGUGAAAAAUUGUCCAGAAUUUAUUUUGAAAAAUGGAGGAAGAACAGGCAGAAUCUACUCUGCAAUUCCACGACAUGGAACUGGAUGAGAGGUUGUUGAAAGCCAUCGCCAAGCUUGGAUGGACGGAACCUUCUGCAAUUCAGGAGGCUGCGAUUCCUCUGAUGUUGGAGGGCCGGGACGUUUUGAUUAAGGCUCGGACUGGGUCUGGAAAAACCGGUGCCUUCGCCAUCCCAAUAAUUCAGAAAAUCCUGAACGCCAAACAAGGCGCGACAGAACAGGCCAUCCGUGCCCUUGUCCUGGCACCUUUCAGGGAACUCUGCAAACAGAUCAACGCCAACAUUGCCCAGCUGACGUGCAAGUGCUCCAAAGACGUAAAGUCCAUGGACGUAUCCCAGUGGGACACUGGAGAAGCCCAACGUUCACUUAUUUCCAUACAGCAGCCGGACAUCAUUGUUGCCACUCCUGCAAAGGCCCUGAUGCACCUGAAAAACAAAAACAUGGUCUUAGACCAACUUGAAAUCCUCAUCAUUGACGAGGCCGACCACAUUCUCAGUUCUGGCUACGAGGAAGACCUGAAGGCUGUUCUCAAAUACCUGCCAAAAGUUCACCAGUCAGCCCUGGCAAGUGCCACCCUAUCCGACGACGUGACUGAAUUAAAACGGUUAGCCCUGAGGAGGCCUGCGGUUCUGAAACUGGAGGAACCGGAAAUGGCUCCAGCAUCCCAGCUCACACAUUACCACAUUGGUGCUGAAGAAGAGGAAAAGGCAGUCAUUCUCUAUGUCCUCCUAAAACUGCAUUUAGUCCGAGGAAAGACCAUCGUUUUUGUAAACACAGUGGACAGAUGCUACAAGCUGAAAUUGUACCUGGAGCAGUUCAACAUUCCAACCUGCGUCCUGAACUCGGAACUACCAGCAGCCGCCCGAUGCCACUCGGUGGCCCAAUUCAACGAAGGCCUCUACGACAUCAUCAUUGCCUCGGACGAGAAAAAUUUGGAACAGCCUGACGAGGCCCCGUCAACCUCGAAAGGUAAAAAGGGCACCAGGAAGAAAGACAAAGAGGCCGGUGUGUCCAGAGGAAUUGACUUCCAGUUUGUCUCAAAUGUGAUCAACUUUGACUUUCCGAAAGACAUCAAGCCAUACAUCCACAGGGUGGGCCGCACAGCUAGAGGAAAGAAUAAAGGCACCGCCCUGUCCUUCGUCAGCAUCAACGAGCGACCUUUGAUGGAAAAGGUGGAAGAGUACCUUAGAGGUGGCUCAAACGAAACGGUGAUCAAGGCCUUCCAGUUCAAGAUGGAGGAGGUUGAGGGCUUCAGGUACCGCGCCAGGGACGCCUGGAGAGCCGUGACUAGAAUUGCAGUCAGGGAGGCGAGACUGAAGGAAAUCAAACAGGAAAUUUUCAAUUGUGAAAAGCUGAAGACCUUCUUCGAGGACAACCCCAAAGAUCUGCAGUCGUUGAGGCACGACAAAGCCCUGCAUGUGGUUAAGAAAAUGCCUCACAUGGCAGACGUCCCUGAGUACCUUGUUCCUCCGACCCUGAAGAGACUGGCCGGCAUUUCUUCGAGGAGGAGAAAGUGGAGGUCGGAUGAUGCAAAAGGCAGUGGACGACAAAAACCAGCGGAGGCGAAGUUUCAGGCAAAGAGGAGGAAUCCCCUGCUCAGUAUGGAGUUUUCUGGUUUUAGCAAGAAGACCAAGAAGUAAAAUAACAGAUUGAAAGAAAUUAUAUGAAUGUAAUUAUAUAAUGAAUCAUGAAAAAUAAAUUUAAUUUGGCAUUAAAAUUUGAAAUUUUGUAUACAAUUUUACUUUCAAAUAAAAAUUAAA